AUGACAGAAAAACAUAUGAUAUUCUUUCAACAUGGAUUGCAUGGUACAUUUGCAGACUACGAUGUUAUGAUAAAGAAUUUCAAGGAGAGAUACCCUGAUCUCUUGUUGGUGAGUGGAUCUGCCAAUGGUGGAGUCAAGACACGUGAGGGUAUUGACAAGUGUGGAGAGAGAAUGGCACAUGAAGUCACAGAGGUUUCAAAGCUACUGAAACCCACAAAGAUAUCGAUCGUCGGUCACAGUUUAGGUGGUCCAAUCUCACGAUAUGCCAUCGGCAUUCUAUAUGAACAGGGUUACUUUAAUAACGUGUCACCCAUUCAAUAUAUAUCUCUUUCAUCGCCACACUGCGGUAGUAGACGUCCUCAGAAGGGUGCAUUCAACGUCACCGUAUCUUUCUUUACCGACAAAUGUUAA